AGUGCGCAAGCGUGCGCAUGCGCGAGGCGGAGGCGCGAUGGCAGGUGUAGGGGUCCGGGGAUUGCAGGCGAUGGUGCGGUUUGUGCUGCUGGUGCUUACUGUGUGUGCUGCGGGUACCCGUGGGCUCUAUUUCCACAUCGGCGAGACCGAGAAGCGCUGCUUCAUCGAAGAAAUACCCGACGAGACCAUGGUCAUCGGCAACUAUCGAACUCAGAUGUGGGACAAGCAGAAGGAGGUCUUCCUGCCAUCCACCCCUGGCCUGGGCAUGCACGUAGAGGUGAAGGAUCCGGACAGCAAGGUGGUACUGUCCCGCCAAUAUGGCUCCGAGGGCCGCUUUACGUUCACGUCCCACACACCCGGUGACCAUCAGAUUUGCCUGCACUCCAACUCCACCAGGAUGGCUCUCUUUGCUGGAGGCAAACUGCGUGUGCACCUGGACAUCCAGGUUGGGGAGCAUGCCAACAACUACCCUGAGAUUGCUGCUAAGGAUAAGCUAACAGAGCUGCAGCUUCGUGCUCGCCAGCUGCUUGAUCAGGUGGAGCAGAUCCAGAAGGAGCAGGAUUAUCAGAGGUAUCGUGAAGAGCGCUUCCGUCUGACCAGUGAGAGCACCAACCAGAGGGUCCUGUGGUGGUCCAUCGCCCAGACCGUCAUCCUCAUCCUCACUGGCAUCUGGCAGAUGCGUCACCUCAAGAGCUUCUUUGAGGCCAAGAAGCUGGUGUAGGGCUCUUGCCAUGCAACCAUUCCCUUUUGCUUCGAUUAUUUGAUAAUUUCCCCACCCAGCCCCUUGUCCACCUGGAUUUUGAGGAGGAAAAAUGAAAAACCGUGUGUCCCAUUGGUAUCAUGGUAAUAAGCCGUUCAGAUCAGCUGCUUCUGACCCUGUUUCUCCAAGAGACAGACAUUCGUCCAAACUUUCAAAAAUCUGCCUUAGGGUUUGGGAGAACUUGGAAUUAACCCCAGAUCGCGUCAUUUCUUUUGCCUCUGAUGAUUCUUCUGUUUUUGAAGAGAUGACCAAAUGUUCCUCUGUUUUCUGUUUGUCUGCGCGUGCGGCAGGCCACUGGCGUGCCCAUGGAGGAGGCCCUGCCUCAGUGUCCCUGGCUUAGUCCUGAGUUCUCCCAACAGCUUUGUGAAUGUAAAUAAGAGGCAGUUCUUGGCCCUGAAGGACUGAGAUGUUUUUCUAUAUUUUAGAACUAUUUUUGGAUAAAUUAUAUAUUUUCCUUCCUGACUGAAUCAUCAUCACUGCCUGUAAACUAGCCAAAACCACCAAUCCAGACCUUACGCCUUCUACUGCUUCACACGUUUUUCACCACUGCCGUGCAGUGCUCAGAAUCUCGGCAGCCUAGGACCAGAAAGCAGAUACUGUAGUUACUCUUAAGUCUGUGUUAGAAGGCACAAAGAGUGAGUGGUCUUGAACACUUGUGAGUCCAAUCCCCCAGAGAGUGACAGAGCAGCUCGGAGCAGUGCACACGUCAAGUUUGACAUAAGCAGUGGUAAAUGUUUUGUAGGUUCCAUUUUGGUUCUGAGACAGCCUCACUCUGUUGCUCUGGCUGACCCAGAGCUCCCUAUAGACAAUACUAGCCUCAGAUCUACCGUGUCUGCCUACCACAUGCUGUGAUGAAAGAGGCAUGUGCCAUCACACAUUUUCUUCCAAGGAACCAGAUUUUGGUUCUUUAUGCAAAAAUUUUCAACGAAAUAGAAUAUAGUAGCUAUGUUUGAUAUGAAAUAAUAGGUUAUGGGCAGAGGUUAAGGCCAAAAAAAGGGGG